AUGUCUGGCAUCCUGAGACUCCCAUGCAGGAUGGCAUCCACCUGUGCCCACUCGCUGCCCGCCUCUCUAGUGCGCUCUGCCGCCUAUGUGGGGGGCUCAUGGCUACAGUCAUCUGACUCCGCCACUUUUCCGGUUUUGGAUCCCGCCACUGGGUCAGAACUGGUUCAGGUUGCAGACUGUGGACCCAGAGAAUGCAGGGAAGCAGUGAAAGCAGCAGCCAAUGCCUUCCAGUCCUGGAAAGAUGUGUCCAGUAAGGAACGAAGUGUCCUCUUGCGUAAGUGGUAUGACUUGAUGAUGCAGAAUAAAGAUGAGCUUGCUCAAAUUAUCACAGCAGAAAAUGGAAAGCCUAUGAAAGAAGCACUUGGAGAAAUAGUCUAUGCAGCAGGAUUCCUCGAGUGGUUUUCUGAAGAGGCACGUCGCAUUUAUGGAGAUAUCAUAUCUGUGCCCAUGAAAGACCGCCGAGCUUUAGUCCUCAAGCAACCUGUUGGAGUCGCCUCCAUUAUAACCCCGUGGAACUUCCCCAGUGCCAUGAUCACCAGGAAGGUGGGUGCUGCCUUAGCAGCUGGUUGUACAGUGGUAGUGAAGCCAGCAGAAGAUACACCAUUGUCUGCCUUGGCACUUGCAGAGCUUGCUCACCAGGCUGGGAUCCCGGCAGGAGUAUAUAAUGUUGUGCCUUGCUCCCGGGAGAAGGCUCCUUCAGUUGGAGAAGUUCUCUGCACAGAUCCAUCCGUAGCUAAAAUUUCUUUCACGGGGUCCACGGCAACAGGGAAGAUUCUACUUCGAUAUGCAGCCGAUUCUGUGAAGAGGGUGUCUAUGGAACUUGGUGGACACGCUCCAUUCAUAGUUUUUGAUAGUGCGGAUGUUGAUAAAGCUGCUGCUGGAGCUCUUGCUUCAAAAUUUCGCAAUUCUGGACAGACUUGUGUAUGUUCAAACAGAUUCCUGGUUCAGAAAGGAAUACAUGAUGCCUUUGUUAAAAAGCUGUCAGCACUAAUGGAAAAGGAACUACGUGUUGGAAGUGGAUUUGAUGAAGGUGUGACCCAGGGACCCCUGAUUAAUGAGAGAGCUGUGGACAAGGUUGAGCACCAUGUAAAAGAUGCAACGUCUCAAGGCGCUCAGAUUGUAGCUGGAGGCAAGAGAUCCAAUGUUGGAAAGAACUUCUAUGAGCCAACUUUGCUGAGCAAUGUUACCACGCAGAUGCUUUGCGCAAGAGAAGAAACAUUUGGACCUCUAGCACCUGUCAUCAAGUUUGACACUGAAGAGGAGGCAAUUGCAGUUGCAAAUUCCGCCAAUGUAGGCUUAGCAGGUUACUUCUAUUCCCAGGACCCAGCACAAAUCUGGCGAGUGGCUGAACGUCUAGAAGUUGGUAUGGUGGGGGUUAAUGAAGGAUUGCUGUCCUCUGUUGAGUGUCCAUUUGGAGGUGUGAAACAGUCAGGACUUGGAAGAGAAGGAUCCAGAUAUGGCAUGGAUGAGUAUUUAGAAGUUAAAUAUGUUUGCUUCGGAGGUCUAUAACAAGAUACGGUCUGACCAUAGUAUUACGGGGUAUAAAAAGGGGCUUAUGUCCUUGAUCUACACGUAGAUAUAGUGAAUAUAUCACUAGCCUGCAAAAUCUGACUUCUAGAAUCUAACCCCAAGUGAUAGAGGAACCUUUCUCCUACCUAAUAUCUGUUGUAAGGUUGGCCAUACACAUCAUAUAGCGGUUUUUCCACCCCCUCAUACACACGUACACUCGGCUGGACUGACCAUGCUUAUGUUCUUAAUAUGGAAAGAGGAAUAAACCGCUGCAAGGACAUUCGGCAAUGAAUUGUCUCCCUUGAGAACAGAAGGAUAGGGCACGUUGAAAUCCACCUGCCCAACCCUUGUUUCCCUUGACAUCUGCCAUCAGGCAGAGUUCGGAUGUCCACAUUAGUUGGUCAGCCAGUCCUACCAAAGUAGGCAGGUUCAGUUGACACCAUCAAAUGAUUACCAGCAGACUAGUUCUUUUUGUUUUUUGUUUUGUGUAAUGCUGUGAAGUAAAGUAAAAAAUUAGCAAUAUAUUUUUUUUUUAUAUUGAAAGUACCGAUUUACAAAAAGUUAUAUAAAGGGGUAGUGUAGUGUCAGGAUUUUAAUGAUCUAUCCUCAGGAUAGGUCAUCAAUCUCAGUUCAUCGGAGGUCCGCUGGUGUGAGCUCCGCGUCCUCUUUGGUGUUUACCUGCACACCUCU